AUGGAAGACGAUAGCAUCGUGCAACAAGUCCAUGAUUCCUUGUCGGACUUGGACUGGACACCCUCUCAGCAUGCCAAGAAAGCCAAGGUGGCAGUGACGGGUGGGGUAGUGACUGCAGCUGGCUUGGUUUUGAUUCCAGCUCCGGUACCCAUUGGUUGUGUCGUCACGGCAUACGGUGUCUCCAUUUUAGCGACCGAGUUUGAUGGAUUGCAAGAUGGCUUGGAACACACCAAGAAAAUGCUGGAAGGAUCCUUGGAACGAGUGGCGCAAGUGCUGCAGGUUUCAGAUGAUGAAGAAAACGACGACAUUCUACAAGAUUUGACGACCAACCGCCAAGACAAAGGGGAAUCUUCCAGCGAAGAGGUCACUGCUCUGGUUGUCGACGACGGUACUUCCACCACAACAGCCAUCACCAAACGGAGCAGCUUCCCACAACGACCUCCCGAGUUGAAGGAAAUCAUGUCCGCUAGAAUCUCCUUGGGUCAAAAGGCUGGCAAGAUUUGGGAGCUGCACAAAUUCAACGUUCGCAAAGUCACCUGUUAUUUCAUCUCCGAGGUUGUCCUGCCAACACUCCGCAAUCUCAAGGUACCACAACAGCAACCCACCACGGAACAGCAAUCCUCUACUGAUGAACCACAAACCCGGGAGACUCAACCAUCGGUAGCACACACAGAAACGCCAUCCCUCUGUGAAUCAUCGGUGCAUUCCUUUGCCGAAUCCAUCAUGACAACAAAUAUUAAUGAUGGUGGUAGCCUCUCGGAGGGACACGCUCUACGAACAAGCAACAUCGAUCACACUAACGGCCGCGAUACCAACAACAACACACCAGAGGAUGCCACGAAAGAGACAUUCGUGGCUACCCCAGCCUACGCACGGGUAUGCGGAGACGGUUGUGACAGGAACAAAACUUUGAUACCGCCAAUGGUCCCGUUAGACCAAGACGAAAACGACGCCGAAGAAGAAGAAGACACGAGCGAGCGAACUGCCUUGUUGAGAUGA